CUGCUUCAUCUUGAUUCUGCAGCAUUCCAAACUGUGGUAUCCUUGGGGUUCUCUUAACAUUGCUAUGGUGCAGAAGAUUUAAAAUCAGCUGAUGUUCACAAGGAACAGAGUCACGUGAUGUAUGAAGGGAAACAUAUACACUUCUCUGAGGUUGACAAUAAGCCCUUGUGCUCAUAUAGCCCCAAACUCUGCAAGCAACGGCGACUCAACGGCUACGCUUUUUGUAUCAGACACGUUCUGGAGGACAAGACUGCCCCCUUCAAGCAAUGUGAAUAUGUGGCCAAGUAUAACAGCCAGCGCUGCACCAACCCCAUCCCCAAAUCAGAGGAUCGCAGGUACUGCAACAGCCACUUGCAGGUACUUGGCUUUAUCCCGAAAAAAGAGAGGAAGAAAAAGAAUGAUCCUAUAGAUGAGGUGAAGGUCAGGCACCAGGUGGAUACCAUGGCUUUUAGCCUGGCGGUGCCCACGGUGGCCUUGAAGAUGCCUAAUGGACUGGACGGGAUGUCCCUCUCUCCACCUGGGGCAAGGGUCCCGCUCCACUACCUGGAGACUGAAUUGGAAGACCCUUUUGCUUUCAACGAGGAAGACGAUGACCUAAAGAAAGGGGCAACUGUGAAAAAGAAGUUGCAGAGCAAAUUGGCCCAGAAUCGCCAGCGCCAGAGAGAGACAGAGAUUUUAAAAGUUCGCCAAGAGCACUUUAGUCCCCCUCCUGCACCUUCACAGCCGCAGACUCCGCAGCAGCACUCCCACCUGUCACCUUUAUCCACUUCUUUAAAACCUCCAGCGCCACCGCAGGGUUCGGUCUGCAAGUCACCUCAACCUCAGAACACCAGCCUACCAAUGCAGGGAGUGGCACCCACCACACACACUAUAGCACAAGCAAGGCAGUUGUCUCAGAAGAGGCCUCUGCCCCACCUGCCAUCCAGUAGGGCUCCUGUUUCGGACCCACCCAGGACUGACCGGGUCCUUAUGAAAGCCACAGCCUUCUCUCCACACUUCUCUUGUAUAAGUCGACUGCAGAGACUGGUGAAACUGUGUACCCAAAAACAUCAGCUGGACACUGAUCUGUUUCCCCACUUGGGGUUGGACUGGUCUGAAGAGAGUGGAGAGGAACUGGAGGACUCAGAGCAGGCUUCACCGUACCAGGUUGCAUGGUCCAUCCGAGAAACCCUCAGAUAUGAAAGACACACGUCAGAUGAUGAUGACGCGGAGAGUAGGAGCUCCAGGGUGACCCAGCUUUGCACUUACUUUCAGCAGAAAUACAAGCACCUCUGCCGCCUGGAGCGGGCAGAAUCUCGUCAAAAGAAAUGCCGGCAUACAUUUAGGAAAGCUUUGCUGCAGGCGGCCAGCAGAGAGCCAGAAUGCGCUGGGCAGCUGAUGCAAGAGCUGAGGAGGGCUGCAGUCGGUCAAACCAGGUUAGAGCCACAGCUGCCUGUUCUGAGGGACUUCACUCAGUCUGUUUUCUGCUAUUUGGAUAUCCUCUUGAACCGCUCUCAGCAACUUUUCUCAAGUUGCACAGCCAAGUUUGCAGACGGACAGCAGUGCUCCGUGCCAGUGUUUGACAUCACACACCAGACACCUCUGUGUGAAGAACAUGCCAAAAAAAUGGAUAAUUUCUUGAGAGGAGAUAACUCCCGUAAAGUUCAGCACCAGCAGCAGAGGAAACCCAGGAAAAAAACCAAGCCUCCUGCACUUACCAAAAAACACAAGAAGAAGAGACGGCGUGGACCUCGUCGACCCCAAAAACCCAUUCCCCCUGCAGUCCCCCAAGGGAACCUCAGCAUGCCCACCAGCGUCUCACUGCCAGUGGAGACCUCUCAGAUCCGGAGCCCGUCCACGCCAGAGCUGAGUGCUGAUGAGUUGCCGGAUGACAUUGCCAAUGAGAUCACUGACAUUCCACAUGACUUGGAAUUGAACCAGGAAGACUUUUCAGAUGUCCUGCCACGGCUACCUGAUGACUUACAAGAUUUUGAUUUUUUUGAAGGAAAGAAUGGAGACCUCCUCCCGACUACCGAAGAGGCCGAGGAGCUUGAACGGGCCUUGCAGGCUGUAACUUCUCUCGAGUGCCUGAGUACCAUUGGGGUCCUUGCCCAGUCAGACGGUGUGCCAGUCCAGGAGUUGUCAGAUAGAGGAAUAGGGGUAUUCUCCACAGGUACUGGAGCUUCAGGAAUCCAGUCCUUGAGCCGAGAAGUAAAUACGGACUUAGGGGAGCUCUUGAAUGGGCGUAUAGUACAUGAUAAUUUUUCUAGUCUAGAGCUGGAUGAGAACCUCCUCCGUUCUGCUACAUUGUCUAACCCACCUACACCCCUGGCAGGGCAGAUCCAGGGGCAGUUCUCUGCCCCAGCCAACGUUGGCCUUACUUCUGCCACUCUGAUCAGCCAGAGUGCACUUGGGGAGAGAGCCUUCCCAGGACAGUUUCAUGGACUUCAUGAUGGCAGCCAUGCCUCCCAGAGGCCACAUCCUGCCCAGCUGCUGAGCAAGGCAGAUGACCUAAUCACCUCACGACAGCAAUACAGCAGUGAUCAUUCACACUCCUCGCCCCAUGGAAGCCAUUAUGAUAGUGAGCACGUGCCGUCUCCCUACAGUGACCAUAUCACCUCUCCCCACACAACAUCUUACUCUGGUGAUAAUAUGGCAGCUACCUUUUCAGCAGAGAUGCCCAUCAUGGCACAGCACUUGCUCCCAACCCAACUCGAGGUGCCACUUGGAGGAGUGGUCAACCCUAGAACUCACUGGGGUAAUCUCCCCGUCAACCUUGGAGAUCCCUCUCCAUUUAGCAACCUUCUCAGCGCAGAUGGACAUCUUCUUUCCACUUCCCUCUCCACACCACCCACCACUUCGAACUCAGAGACCACACAGCCUGCCUUCGCCACCGUGACCCCCAGCAGCUCCAGCGUGCUUCCGGGGUUACCGCAGACCAGCUUCAGUGGCAUGGGGCCUUCUGCUGAACUAAUGGCUUCCACCUCUCCCAAGCAGCAGCUCCCUCAGUUCAGCGCAGCCUUCGGCCACCAGCUGAGUUCUCACAGUGGCAUUCCUAAGGACCUGCAGCCCAGCCACAGCUCUAUAGCCCCUCCUACAGGCUUCACAGUAACAGGUGCCGCAGCUACAAGUACCAAUAAUGCGUCUCCUCCCUUCCCCUCCCCUAACUGA